AUGGGUUCUCUGACGCUGCACAAACUUCCCACCAUUGAUUUUUCCAAGGAAAACCUCAAACCAGGGACAACAGCAUGGAAUAAGAUACGCAAAGAAGUCAUGUCCGCCCUCGAAGAAUAUGGCUGCUUUGUGGCCUCGUAUGAAAAAAUUCCACAACUCCAAGAUGCAGUGUUCGGUGCAUUAGAGGAGCUGUUUGAUCUCCCCACUCAAACCAAAAUGCAGAACAAAUCCAGCAAACCCUUGUAUGGCUACGUGGGUCAAAUCCCAGUUGUUCCUCUUUAUGAAAGCAUGGGAAUUGAUGACGCCAAUACAAGUGAAGGAAUGCAAGCUUUCACUUAUGCCAUGUGGCCAAAUGGAAAUGAGGGCUUCAGUGAGAAGCUGCUUGCUUACACAAAAUUGGCAGCAGAAUUGGAAGAAAUUGUCGUAAGAAUGAUAUUUGAAAGCUAUGGCGUGGAAAAGUAUUGUGACAGCCACCUGCAAUCAGUUGGCUAUCUGAGUCGAGUGAUGAAAUAUAGAGAAGCCAAAGAAAAUGAGACCAAAUUGGGAUUUGUCUCGCAUACGGAUAAGAGCUUUAUGUCAACCAUUCAUCAAAACCAAGUUAAUGGUUUGGAGAUAAAAGCCAAAGAUGGUGAAUAUUUCGGUGUUGAUCUCUCACCUUCAAGUGUUGUAGUCAUGGCCGGUGAUGCAAUCAUGGCAUGGAGCAACAACAGAAUUAAAUCUCCUCAUCAUCGAGUGAUUAUGGAAGGGAAGGGACGACCAAGAUAUUCGAUCGCACAAUUCUCAUUCAUGGAUGGCACUGUACAAACACCACAAGAGCUGGUCGAUGAUGAACAUCCCUUACAAUUCAAGCCAUUUGACCACCUUGAAUAUCUCAGCUUUUUCAGCAAGGAGGAGAACCGGAGGCUUGAGUGUGCCCUCAAAACUUACUGUGGUGUUUGAGACAUUUGUUAAUGUGACUUGAUAUCUGUGUCUAGCACAGUGAAAUAAAUCGUGGUUGUUGG